UAUCGGAAUUCAACCAUCACAGAACGGCGCUCACUCUCAGCUUACUUCAAUCUUUUGUGCUUCUUUUGUUAUAAGUCUUUGUUUAUAACCGCCUCAGGUGUUAACUACUGUUAUACGGUCACGAACACUAAACUAUGCGAUAUUAAAACGCGUCUGUAAAACGCCGGCUUGAAAAACACAAUGUUUAUCACAGUGAAAUACGGAGAUUCCCAAGAAGCGCUGUUCAACCCGAAUUGCCGAACACAAAAUCUUCUAGAGGACAUCAAAAGAAGAUGCUUGUGUGAUAAAGACUUUGUAGUCGACUUGUCGGAUGAGCUGGGAAAUGUGAAGAACUUAUUGGAUCACACUGGCAACUAUGCAACAGACCUUCUCAAGGCACGCGAAAAGUUUGUGCUUAUCAGAGUGGAAAAAAAAGGUGAAGAGAGUCCAAUUUACACGCCGCUGCUGAAUGAUUUAGAACUUAUCACAACAUCUUUUAUAGAGAGACUAAGUCGCCCCGAGAGCAGAAUGAGUGAGAGCGGUCGAAAUACUCAGAGCAGGCAAAGGCGCAAGUCCAGCGGCUCAUCGUGGGCUCGCGCACGCGCAGGAAUUCUUCAGAACAGCGGUAAUAAGUCACGUGACUCAAAGAAGCCUAGCUCGCGAUCCACAGACCGCAAGACAUUCGCGUCACGAGAAAACAGCAAAUUAGGGAUGACCAUUUGAAAUCACAACCCUAACUACUCUAAAGAACAUUGUACAAAGAAAGACUAGCAUCAACUUAUAUUCCGACGUCGGCUACCGUGGUUUUCUGGCAGUUUAAGGCUGGUAACCAAUAAUACAAACAUACAUAAAAAGCACAAUUCGAUCAAAUCAGCAUGGCAUGAAAUGCUUUAUUAGGUCCCAGAACAUAGCUUUCACGCUUUGAAUAUCGCUCCAUUCAAAACUUCAAUUCUCGCUGUCUUGGUCGCCAUGGUAGUAGUUCACACAUGAACACAUCUACAAAAGAAGCAAUGAAAGGAGCAAUAAUAAUAAUAACCGUUACAACAACAACAACACUAAUAACAGCAGUAACAAGAAACAGAAUUUAAGCAACAACAGCAGGAACAAGGUCAACAAAGACUAGAAGCCAGCAACACAUUCAAGCAACACUAGAAACCAGCAACAACACCCAAGCAACACUAGAAACCAGCAACAACACCCAAGCAACACUAGAAAACAGCAACAACACCCAAGCAACACUAGACAACAACAACGACACCCAAGCAACACUAGAAAACAGCAACAACACCCAAGCAACACUAGAAACCAUCAACAACACCCAAGCAACACUAGACAACAACAACAACACCCAAGCAACACUAGAAACCAGCAAAAACACCCAAGCAACACUAGAAACUAGCAACAACACCCAAACAACACUAGAAACCAGCAACAACACCCAAGCAACACUAGAAACCAGCAACAGCACAUAAGCAACACUAGAAACCAGCAACAACACCCAAGCAACACUAGAAACCAGCAAAAACACCCAAGCAACACUAGAAACUAGCAACAACACCCAAACAACACUAGAAACCAGCAACAACACCCAAGCAACACUAGAAACCAGCAACAACACCCAAUCAACACUAGAAACCAGCAACAACACCCAAUCAACACUAGAAACCAGCAACAACACCCAAGCAACACUAGAAACCAGCAACAACACCCAAGCAACACUAGAAACCAGCAACAACACAUAAGCAACACUAGAAACCAGCAACAACACCCAAUCAACACUAGAAACCAGCAACAACACCCAAACAACACUAGAAACCAGCAACAACACCCAAGCAACACUAGAAACCAGCAACAACACCCAAUCAACACUAGAAACCAGCAACAACACCCAAGCAACACUAGAAACCAGCAACAACACAUAAGCAACACUAGAAACCAGCAACAACACAUAAGCAACACUAGAAACAAGCAACAACACAUAAGCAACACUAGAAACCAGCAACAACACCCAAGCAACACUAGAAACCAGCAACAACACCCAAGCAACACUAGAAACCAGCAAAAACACCCAAGCAACACUAGAAACCAGCAAAAACACCCAAGCAACACUAGAAACCAGCAAUAACACAUAAGCAACACUAGAAACCAGCAACAACACCCAAUCAACACUAGAAACCAGCAACAACACAUAAGCAACACUAGAAACCAGCAACAACACCCAAUCAACACUAGAAACCAGCAACAACACAUAAGCAACACUAGAAACCAGCAACAACACAUAAGCAACACUAGAAACAAGCAACAACACAUAAGCAACACUAGAAACCAGCAACAACACCCAAGCAACACUAGAAACCAGCAACAACACCCAAGCAACACUAGAAACCAGCAAAAACACCCAAGCAACACUAGAAACCAGCAAAAACACCCAAGCAACACUAGAAACCAUCAACAACACCCAAGCAACACUAGAAACCAGCAACAACAACAGUCGCUGCAAGUUUAAAAAGGCAUACCAUCAAUAAAAGGCCGUUCACCCCAACGCCCUUUGCACGCGCCCGCUUUGUAAUUUUAGAUACGAGUCAGUACAUAAUGAAAAACGAACUCCAGAGAAAGUUUUAUAUCUUGAUACAGCAUUGUAAAUAGCUUAAAAACACAUAGGGUGCCAGAAAAGGGUGUGUACGCGGGGAAUAAGAACUAAGACUAUAUUUAUGCAAACAAUAUUUUAUACAAAGUGUGAUACAAUGUGUGAGCAAAUAAAAACAGUAUUUAUGAAAA